CUUGGAACUCCGCCCGCGCUGUCAAUCUCUCCGCUGCUGAGCCGCCGCACAAGGGCGAGAGAGUAAGCUGACCCGCGCCUCCGUGCGCCGACCUCGCUGUGCCAUCGGGCGUCCCCACUGACGAGGUACAGAUAGAGCGCUGCCCAUCAUCGCUCAGCGCAUGACUCGAUCGCCUCCCCCCAAGGAAUGGUGAUAGCAGUGCUAUAUAGUCGCUUCUGCUGAUACAUUUCGCGCCACCCACUCCUAUCCGACCCUCCCAACGCUGUUCAACAGCCAAUCCACGUCCAUUCCACGCCUUUCCCGGCUUAGCACUGGCUGCUUGCAACACCUGCUCCAGCCCGAGCUCUAAUCAACUCGCCAUUCGUACACAUCACAUGCAAGGCCGCUAGCUUCGUCGGCCUUUUCUCGACGCCUACAUUACAUCUUCACCACCUUGAUACCACACGAUGCCCGCCAAAGUAGAUAAUCUGGAUGCCGCCAUGCUGCUGGAGAAGCGCAGGGAGCAGAAUCGUGCCGCUCAGAAGAGAUUCAGAGAGAAGAGGGCCGCCAAGCAACAACAAGAGCAGCGCCACCAGCAGCCACCACGAGGGGAAACGACAUACAGCGCAGAGUCAAGCUUUGAUGACCACGUUACCGUAGAGGUACCUGCACAAGCUCUUUGGGCGGAUGCCGUCCCUGUGCAUUCUGCAGCUUACGGGACAGGCCCGUGGGCGCCUGCUGAGCACCAGCCGAAGCUACAACAACGGCCAAGCCAAACAGCUUCCUCGUCCAGCGCCUCACCCUUCACCUUGCUAGGCUAUCAUUCAGACGUGGACAUCUCAAGCUGCGCGAGCUCAAGCGGUCACUCUUUCUCAAGUCCAUCGACGACAGAGGAGAUUACACCUUCACCUCCUGCAGCCGAUAGAGACGUCCCGCCCGCUACCUUCGAGACGACGGCGGCUCAAUUGGAUCUCUUUGGACUGAGCUUACCAUCGCCCCAGCAAGAGUCGCAAGAUGAUACCAGUCCGGAGCUUGAAGUGGUCCAGAACCAUGGUGACCUGGAGACCAUGAGGGAUAUCGGUCUGUUCGGUGGGGGCGAGAGCUGGGUAAGACCUCCUUUAUCCUCACCGACACCGGCGCUGCCUUCGCAGACGUCGGAACAACCAUUUGACUUGGCAAGACUGCUCAUGCCCACUGCCGACGGCAUGCAAAGAAGUUUCGGCAACAGCAACAGUAGCAAUGGCACAUUUGCAGGCUAUGGUGCAGGCGCAUCUGGCUCUACGUCCUAUGGCAAUGCGCAGGCCAAUAUGGUUCCACUCGAGUUUGCCUGGACACUUGCGCAGGUAAUGUCGAGGACUCAAGGCAUUUCACCUCUCCAGGUGAUGCAGUCGGGUCAACUCUCUCCUGCGUCCAUGCGCAGUAUCUUCUGCCCGGAUCCUCACGUGGACAGUCGUAUGCAGGUCAAGCCCAUUGCCUUUGCGAGCGCAAUGCGCGUCAAUCUUAUCACUCUUGGCUAUCUCAUAGAAGACGCAGAGACUUGCGAUACCAAUGUCAUUGCCAAUGUAUGGAAGAAGCAGUCUGCCAGGUACAUCCGCAGAGGCCCAGAUGGUCGAUACAUUGACGAUGUAGAAGAUCCCAAGGGCAGGCUGGCACUCUCCUUUCCCAAUGUACCGACGCAGCUGUCCACGCAGUUCUAUUGCGGAACGAUCCCUAAGAGUCUCAGUCGGAGUGACCAGAUUCGAAGGAUUCGAAGCCUGCGCAACGCACCCAACAUCCAUCCCACUAAACUCCAGCUCGAAGUGCCGCAUUCGAUCUUCAUCGACGUCCUUCCCUGGCCUAGCGUGAGGGAUCGGCUCAUUCGCCUCGUCUCUGCCGGCGAAGUGGAUAUCCACGAUGUAAAAGGGGAUCUGGUGGGCAAAGACUUCGGCACAGUGGGGGCAGGUAAUACUGUGCAGAUCCACGGGGAUGACCCGCUAGAUGAAGAAUCGUGGGAGCUGAGCGAGCACUUUUUGCAGAAGUACCACGUCUGCCUUCAAUUGGGACCCAAGAUCAUCCGCAGAACAAACUUCUGGAGGAGAAUGCGAGGAGAGCCCGAUGUCGUCCUUGACAAGGGCGGCGCGGAGCAAGCACCAUCAGAGAUGGCGUCUAAGGCGGCCGAGACACGGAGUCAGAGUCAGAGUCAUCAGGUACCUGGUUCGGACGCGUUCAAACUGGCUACAGGGGUAGCUGAUCCGAUGAGGCAAAGUAGUAGCGUGGCCUCCUCGAGACCUUCCUUGUCGAUGAACUACGAUUUAGAGACUACGCUGGAAGAGCUUCUGGCGAACCAAGCAGAGGGGUCCACAGGCAUGGUGAGGUGAGAACUGUAUAGUAGACUGUCAUCCUUAGACUCGGACUUGUCUAGGAAGGCGAACGGAUUCGUUUCCCGAGCGUAUAACUUUGUCGUAGCUCGUCCAUCAUCUCCUCCGUUGUUGUAAUACCAUCCA